AUGCGAGCUGAGGACCGCCAGCGCCCAGGGUUCGCGAGAGGUGUCCUAAAAACUGGACAGAAACUCCUCGCAGUCUCCUUAUGGUUAGGGAACCUUGCGCUUUGGUUUGUAAAAGCCGCUGGAAGGCCCCCCAAGACCCUGCUGCCAGUGCUUAUCUCUGACCUUCAUUUUGGGCUUCUCUUGCCUCCAGCCGCAGCGCCCUGGAGACCUAAUGAUCUGGACCCCAGGAAAGAAGAAACUUUCAAAUCAGCCUUCUGGUCACACGGGCAUGUGAAGAAGAGGCAAGAACGACCCCCCUUACCGACCAAAGCCCACGCGCCGCUCCAUCCCCACGUCCAACGCCUUAGUUCCGCUGCCAUCACCACUGUGCCCAAGAGAAGGGCUGAAGGGGAUGCUAAAGGAGAUAAAGCCAGAGUGAAGGACGAACCCCAGAGAAGAUCUGCAAGGUUGUCUGCUAAACCUGCUCCUCCAAAGCCAGAGCCCAAGCCUAAGAAGGCCCCAGCUAAGAAGGGAGAGACGGUACCCAGAGGGAAAAAGGGAAAAGCCAGUGCUGGCAAGGAGGGGAAUAACCCUGCAGAAAAUGGAGAUGCCAAAACAGACCAGACGCAGAAAGCUGAAAGUGCUGGAGAUGCCAAGUGAAGUGUGUGCAUUUUUGAUAACUGUGUAUUUCUGGUGACUGUACGGUUUGAAAUACUAUUUUUUAUCAAGUUUUAUAAAAAUGCAGAAUUUUUUUUUUUUUUAAGCUAUGUUGUUAGCACACAGAGAAUUUCAUUGUUGUUUUUGGGGAAAAGGGCAUAUGUCACUAAUAGAAUGUCUCCAAAGUUAAAUUGAUGUGGGGAAAACACCUUUCGCUUCUAGUUUUAAGAGACUUCCUCUUGGCUUCCAGGAGGAGGGAUUCCCCGACGUUGACACACAUAGCCACCUUGGUACAAACACCUUGUGGUGUGGAAAAACAUUCAUUUUUAAUUUUUUU